CAUUCACAGACACUGCACUCCUCACUCACGCAUAAUUCACGAAAGAAUAUCAGAGAUUGUAGAUUACCUGUGAAGUUCUUUGAAGAGACCCAGCUCUCCUGAUCAUUGUCGAUAUAGACAAGAUGGAAAGAAGGUGGGAAGAAGAACAAAAUGACAUUGGAGGGGAAGAUCCAGAAGAGGAAGAUGAUGUUGAUUGGAGGAUGCCAUCAGCAUUGGGUUCACCCAGCAUCAAAGCCCCUUCCAUGCUAAUACAGCCAUCAUCCUCAAUUGCCCACAGAAGUGAGACGUGUCUGCAGUCCAAGCUGGGUCAUUCUAGGACGAUCGUUCAUAUUGAUCUGGACUGUUUCUAUGCUCAAGUGGAGAUGCUUAGGAAUCCAACACUGAGAGAUAAACCAUUAGGUAUCCAACAGAAAAAUAUUGUUGUCACCACCAACUACGUUGCAAGAGCCAGAGGUGUUUCCAAGCUUUCCUACAUCAAAGAAGCUCUCAUCAAAUGCCCAGACCUAGUCCUUGUCAGUGGAGAAGAUCUCACUAACUACAGGGAAACAUCUACCAAAGUGACAGAAUUGCUUGAACAGUUCUGUCCUUUGGUAGAAAGACUUGGCUUUGAUGAAAACUUCAUGGAUGUCACCAAGCUGGUAGAGUCGCGCCUGACAUCAACAGACUCAAAGAAACUGGUGCAUAUUGGACAUAGCUAUGAGAGUGAUGCACAAAUAGCUACUCAGUGUCAAUGUGGUUGUAGAGAUCGUCUGACCAUGGGCUCUCACAUUGCAAAGGAGAUGAGGGACACUCUGAAGUCCAAGCUUGGACUGACCAGCUGUGCAGGAGUAGCCACCAACAAGCUUCUGGCCAAGCUUGUAGGAGCUCACCACAAACCCAAUGACCAGACGGUACUCUUCUCUGAGUGGACCGAUUCAUUCAUGCAGACAUUCACCAAACUAAGGCAGAUUCCUGGAAUCGGUCAUUCUUCCGGCAAGAAGUUGAAAGGCAUGGGCAUACAGAACCUAGAGGAGCUUAGACCAACACCGGUCUCAACGCUUGCUGACCAGUUUGGUAAACAGCAGGCAGAGACAAUGCUAAGACUAGCCCAUGGAGUGGACGAUACUCCAGUGGUCAGCAAAGGUCCCCCACAGAGUUUGAGUGAUGAGGAUUCCUUCAAGAAAGUUGGCACAUUACCAGCAGCCAAAGAGAUGAUGACAGGCCUCAUUAAAAAUCUCAUCAAAAGAUUACGAUCUGAUGGUAGGAUUCCAUAUACUAUGAGGCUAACCGUCAGGAAAUAUGUGCCAGGAUCAUGGCACAGAGAGAGUCGACAGACAGGGAUCUCACCGAACCUCUUCCAGAAACAUGAUGAUGCUAGCCUUCUUGAGCAACUACUGGAAGUAGCAGUUGGUCUCCUACAGAAGUUGAUCGACACCAAUCGGCCAUUUCACCUGACACUCAUCAACAUCUGCUUCACAAAUUUGAGGUCAAAGGUCACCAAAGGUGCAAUUGAUUCCUUCUUCAGCAAGCCAGCAGUGAAACCCAAGGGUCUGGUGACAUUACAGUCUCAAGGUAUGUGUGAUGGAAAGACAGGAGAGAUGGAAGUCCAUUCUUCAAAGGAUGACAGCAUUGCCAAUGAGUUAGGAGAUCUACCGGCAGCCAACACUGAGGUCGUGGACAAGAUGCAUUUUGGAACUGUGAGUGGACACAAACCCAGGGAGGAAGAGAGAUAUGUAAUCAAACACAAACAAAAGCAACCCAGCAGCAGCGGAAGUGUAGCAAGUUUCAGGACAUCAGUCAAUGUGACAGGCAAAGUAGAAGCAGAAGGGUCAAAGUCUUUCUUCAAAAAGCUGGGUAGCUCUCCAAGCAACAAAUCAAAAUCUUUAUCGUGUAGAGGAGAGUUAGGAACUGCAAGAAAGCCUGAAUCAGUUGCUACGGGAUUGAGAGAGCAGUCGAGUUGGACCGUAGAUACAGCCAGAGAUGCUCCAGAAGGAGAAUUUGAUGAAGAUAAUUCAUUGCUUCUUGAAGAAGCUAUACGCUCGAGCCAGAAUGUGGCUUUAAAGCAGCCUUCAAAGAGGACCCUUGAGGAGUCAUCAUCACAUGACACAACAGAGUGCAGUGUGGAUGAUAGUUUGGCAAAAAGACUGAAGAAUGAUUCAGAUCAUGAAACAAAACCUACAACUAUAAAACAGAACAUGGAAGAGAUAGAAAUUCCUCCAGACAUUGACAGGUCAGUGUUUAAUGUGUUGCCUAGCAACAUGAAGGAAGAGCUCAUUGCUGACUGGGAAAGGGAAAAGAGGCGAAGAGAGGAUGAGUGUCUGUUGGCUUCAUCUUCACAGAAUUUGCCUAAGAAUAAGAAGUCUUCUUCGUCAGCGAAGAAAAAACAGCUUCCUGCUGUUAGGAAUACCAUUACAAAGUAUUUCAAGCACUAAUCCAGGGAACAUUUGUAUACGGAAUGAAUAUAACGAUAGGCUUCACUUGCAUAGUGCUAAAAACAAACAUCGCCAAUAAUCUAACUGAAAUUUAGCGAAGUGUCAAGAAAAUUUGAAGUCUGUUCAUCAUUUAUUUAUCAAGACCAGUUAAAUACACACCUAUUCCUUCUCGUACCAUAAGCAGUACAGGAUCAGUCAUCAGAAUACUGAAUUAAUUUGCGAACAAAAUUUAAAGAACAGUACACUUUAUCAAAGAAAGGAAGUCCACUUUUCAUGAUCAAGAUAUAGAUUUCUCUUAAUAAUUUAUAUGAUUAGCAGACAAAUUCAAAUGUCUUAUUUUUUAAAAUGUCAGAAAUAUACCGAAAUGUUGACUUGCAGUCAUUCCAGAGAAUCAGAGAAUUUAAGCCUGAAGAAAUAAAUGUAUUGCCUGAAAAGAGAAGAUAACUAUACCAAUACCUCCAUGAUGCAUUUACUUUAAGUUGAAAUCUGGUUCUGUAUUUGACAGUUUCCAUGUAGAAAAUUUUGUGUUGCUCAGUAAUGUAUUGGUGACACAACCAUAGUGGUGUGACGGUUAUAUUCAAUAGUACUUCUCUCCACUUUCAGAAUCACUCAGUUUGCCAAAUCUCUACAAACAAACAAAAUGCCUGAAUAUCAAAUUACCAAGUACCAACUCAUAUAGCUUGGAAGAUCAGUCUUUGAAAUAUAUAUAUUUUUUGUAUUCUUUAAUCAAGAAUUCAAGUAAAUGAUUUUAUAAAGAAUACAUGAAAUAAAAUACUGUGAUAUUUUAUUGCAGGAAAUACUUAU